CUCGAUAGACCGCCAUUAAGAUAUCGAUUGUAUUGCUAUACUCUUCAUUGAUCAAGGACUAAUUCUACACUCGUCACUAACCUAACUCCCCAUUUCGUCAUGUAUCAAGUAUCUUCCCAAGCAUUAGAUCCGGACUGGAUUUCACUCUCCAUCGCGAAAUUCUCUUAUAAUACCAGCCCUCAUGGAACUAAAACGUACACAUGGAAUCACAUCACCACACGUCCUGAUCUUUCCUUUGUUAUUCGAAAUGUUCGAUCUAUUAGUGCGGACAGAGAGCAAGAAGCUCGCGUGGUCAUGAAGAUCACAGCUGGAGCUGAAGAAAUGGUCCGCAGACUACAGGUCAAGUUCCGCAGCCAUGAAGAUUACCACAAAGCCUACACCUUUCUCAGGGAUCUAGGUCUUCCUAUCACCAACAGGGAAAUAUCAAAACCAGCCCCACAACUACCUCCAUCUCCUGCACCCUCCAAUGCCACAUCUCUCAUGAGCGCUGCUGCUGCCUCACUCCGACCAUCCUCCGCAAUCGACCUUCCUGCGCACUACAACAGUUCUCCUCUGAAGCAGGAGUUCAAGAUUCCUCCUAGACCCGAAUCUUCCGUGUCCGAGGGCAAAGCUCAGAUGAAUGAGAUGACUCGCAUUACUAGACCCUUCUCUACCUCGUUCGCGCCUGUAGCUUCGAUUCCCAAUUCUCCGCUCUCACGAGUCAACUCUUUCCAACAGCCCGCCACUCAAGCUUCGGUGCUUUACCCAACACAAAUGGAGAAGGAGACGCGUCAUCUCUCUUAUCCUGCAUCGCAAUUUUCAGAUCAUUUCAAGCAUGACAUACAACCGAAGACCUCGUUGUAUGUGGAUCAGCUACAGAAUCUACAGCAGAAUCUUCCAGAAAGAGCCGAAAAUACUUCUCAACCUUUCUCAGCAUCUCCGUUCUUCACUUCAAUUGGAAGUGUUCCCACUGUGCAUGGACACGAAGCGUAUAGUGGCUUGACGGCAUACAAUCCUGGAGACGUUGGACGGCCGGCUUCAACGCCUGGAGCACAAACCACAACAAGCACGUUGCAACUAGACCAUCGGCCUGUGUCUGCUCUGUCUGUACCUCCACGGUCGGAACUUCCCUUUCUCAAUCCAGCAGGAAAAAGCAAGCCAAGAUCGUCCUCUCAGUCUAAUUCUACUCAAGUAUCAAGAUCCACGUCUGUGAUCCUUCCACCUUCCAAGAGCCCAAAUAUUAAUAGCGAACAAUUAUCGACUCCCGUCAAGAAGCCUGCACCUAAAAAGCGUGUUGCUCAGCGAAAAGCACCUGUAGCAAAGCCCGUGGACGAUGUUGCCAAAAAGAUACAACUGAAUGCUGAUGAACUCGUCAUCGCAGAGCCGGAUGCUGUCGCGGACGAGCCGUCACCUCUUGCUGCCAAGAGCGCUGCCCAGUUGACAAGACCAUCGUCGACUCCACUAGGGCUAGUGUCUAAAGUUGCUCCGAGAAAGCGUACCGCGACUCCGGCUAUUCGACCUCCGUCGAGCAACAAACGUCCGAAGAUGGUAGAUCAAAGUACACAGACCGAUAAGCCUACCAGUCAGCACGAAGACGCCGAGCAGGAGGUACCUCCUUCGAGGACCACGCCUGAUACUCACCUAAAUCGUGUCUGCUCGCCCCCAGAAGACUAUCUCCAAGCGAUUGAUGGAUUCGUUGCGAGGCAUAAAUCUCGACCUCCGCCAAUUGAGCUCUGGCAGACUCCGGGUUGGGCUGAAGCAGAUGAUGAGCACCGUCAGAGGCUGAUUGAUAAUUUCAUCUGCGAGAACCUCGAGAAUGCUGACUUUCUCAAAUUGUGUGAAGACAUGGACACUUCUUGGCGAAGAAUUGGUCUGGGUAUGUAGAAGUGUGUGGAUAUAUCGCGGAAAUCAUUAUUCGCUCAAGUUACGUGCUAUGGAUGCUGGGGAAUAAUGCAGGUGGGUAACGAGUAUAGCUGAGUCUGUCAGGUGCGGCUGUCAUUGCGAUUAGUUGGCUUGGCAUAUCUUGCUUUAUCCGAAU